AUGACUCAAACAUACCUUGUGACCGGCGCCGCCCGCGGCAUUGGAUUUGGCCUGGUCGAGUCUCUGGUGCAGAGGCCCGGUGUGACCGUGGUUGCUGCCAUCAGAGACAUCAGCAAGAAGGAGGGAGUGGAACGACUCAACGCCAAAGCCGCCAAAGGAUCCAAGGUCGUGGCUGUGCAGAUUCGCGCCGGAAACACCGAUGAUGCCCAGGCACUUCCUGCCGCACUGUCGGCACAUGGCAUCGACCAUUUGGACGUCGUGAUAGCCAAUGCGGGAAUCUCAAACUACUACGGCCCUGCCGCCACCACAACACUCGAAGCCUUCCGGGACCACUUCGAGGUGAACACCAUCGGAUUUGUCACGCUGUUUCAGUCUGUUCUGCCUCUCCUUGAAAAAUCGCAGAAGCCCAUCUUGGUCUACGUUUCCUCUGCCGUGGCCUCCAUAGGGCGACCGAUACCUUUGCAGUGCACCGCCUACGGUGCUUCCAAGGCAGCCGGGAACUUCAUCGUUUCCAAGAUCGUCGAAGAGAAUCCGAAGCUGAUCGCUUUCGCAAUCAGUCCGGGAUGGGUCCAAACCGAUAUGGGAAACACGGGGGCCAAGACGGCUGGCUUGGAAGAGGCUCCAGAAACGGUGGAAGGUAGCGUUUCGGGUAUCCUAAACCGUGUUGACAAUGCCACGCUGGAGAGGGAUAGUGGAAAGUUCAAGGAUUACAAGGAGGACGAUAUUCCGUGGUAG